GUCAGAAGAUGGUUGUAUAUUUUUAUUGACUUGCACCCCAUCUCUUUUUGUCAUGAAACAUCAUCUCUCUAUUAUUUUAACAAUCAGAAGAUUGCAAUAUUUGAGCCCAUAUCCCUUUCUCUUCCUUUCUUAUAUCUGACCUUGAGCACAAUUAAUCAAGCUAUAUAUAUCCAAAAAUAUGGCUCCAAAAUAGAGGAGAGUGAGCCAGAAAGAUGAUUGAGGUGGGAGAGAUAGGAAGAAGAAGCUUUAGUUCAUCAUUGUGCCAACAAACUUCAAGUUUCAGAAGUGGCUCGACGACGGCGGAGGAAGAUGACGACGUUGACGUUGCUUCUCUUUGGGAGUCUAUCGAGAGAUUGCCGACGUUUGAACGUCUGAGAUCUUCAUUGUUCGUCGGUGGCGGUGGAGGAGGAGAAGUUGAGGAGAAAUUAGGUGGGAGAAGAGUUGUUGAUGUUACUAAGCUUGGUGAUGAGGAGCGCCAUCUCUUUAUUCAAAAACUCAUCAACAACAUUGAGAAUGAUAAUCUAAAGCUUUUGAGAAAAGUUAGGGAGAGAAUCCACAAAGUUGGUGUGAAAUUUCCAAGCGUGGAAGUGAAGUACAAAAACGUGAAUAUUGAGGCAAAAUGUGAAGUUGUUCGAGGCAAAGCUCUUCCUACGCUUUGGAAUUCUCUUCGAACCAAGCUUUUUGACAUCAUCAAAUUUUGUGGAGCGAAGUCCCGUGAAGCUAAAAUUAAUAUAAUUGAGGAUGUCAGUGGUGUCAUAAAGCCGGGAAGGUUAACUUUGCUACUUGGUCCCCCGGGAUGCGGCAAGACCACCCUACUAAAAGCUCUAUCCGGAAAUCAUGACAAAUCUCUCAAGAUGACAGGAGAAAUUUGUUACAAUGGGCACAAACUAGAGGAAAUUGUCCCCCAAAAAAUUUGUGCAUAUAUAAGCCAAUAUGACCUACACAUUCCUGAGAUGACUGUGAGAGAAACCCUUGAUUUUUCAGCCCGGUGUCAAGGUAUCGGAGAUCGAGCAGAUAUGAUGAAGGAGAUUUGUAAAAGGGAAAAGGAACAAGGAAUUAUUCCAGAUCCUGAUGUUGAUACUUACAUGAAGGCCAUUUCUGUUGAAGGACUAAGACAGACUCUUCAAACUGACUACAUACUCAAGAUCCUUGGGCUUGAUAUUUGUGCAGACACUCUAGUUGGAGAUGCUAUGAGAAGAGGUAUUUCAGGUGGUCAAAAGAAGAGAUUAAAUACAGGAGAAAUGAUGGUUGGUCCAUACAGAGGCUUGUUCAUGGAUGAAAUAACAAAUGGAUUGGACAGUUCCACUGCCUUCCAAAUUGUUUCUUGUCUACAACAUUUGGCUCAUUUCACAAAUGCUACAAUUCUUGUUUCUCUUCUUCAACCAGCUCCCGAAACCUUCGAACUUUUCGACGAUUUGAUCUUGAUGGCGCAAAAAAAGAUCGUAUAUGAAGGUCGUCGUGAUCGAGUUCUCGAAUUCUUCGAGCAUUGUGGAUUCAAAUGCCCCAAAAGAAAAGGGGUAGCGGAUUUUCUUCAAGAAGUGAUUUCAAGAAAAGAUCAACCACAAUUUUGGUAUCCCAAUGAACAAAUUCCCUACUCAUAUGUGUCAGUGGAAGAAUUUUGUAGGAAGUUCAAGUGCUACAAUAAUGUAGAGAAGAAAUUAGUUGAUGAAGAAGCAAUUUCAAUAAAAUUACCUAAUUUUCAGAAGUCCAAAAGUUGCCAAGAAAUAAAUGAAGUUGCUUCUACUUCUAAAUGGGAAGUGUUUAAAGCUUGUGCAUCAAGGGAGCUUCUCCUCAUGAAAAGAAAUUCCUUUCUUUAUGUCUUCAAAACAUGCGAGCUAUUCAUAAUUGGUUUGAUGACAAUGACUGUGUUUAUAAGAAGUAGAAUGGAAGUUGAUGUUGAAGAUGGGAAUUACUACAUGGGAGCCCUAUUUUUUGCUCUAAUUUUACUACUUGUUGAUGGGUUUCCAGAAUUGGUAAUGACCAUUGAAAGACUUGAAGUAUUCUAUAAACAAAAAGAAUUCAACUUUUACCCAGCAUGGGCUUAUGCAAUUCCAGCUGCCAUUUUGAAGAUCCCUCUUUCACUUUUGGAGUCAUUAGUAUGGACUUCUCUUACUUAUUAUGUCAUUGGCUUCACCCCUCAACCUAUCAGGUUCUGUCAACAGUUUAUUCUUCUGUUUGGGGUGCACUUAUCAGCAUUAUCCAUGUUUAGAAUGAUAGCUUCAAUCUUCCAAACCAAUGCUGCUUCCAUAACAGUAGGCAAUUUUGCAAUAUUAUUUGCCUUAUUAUUUGGUGGCUUUAUCAUCUCACAUACCUCCAUGCCAGCUUGGUUGGAAUGGGGUUUCUGGGUUUCACCAAUUAGUUAUGGAGAAAUUGGCCUUUCUGUCAAUGAAUUUCUUGCUCCAAGGUGGCAAAAGGUACAAGCUAUGAACACUACAAUAGGUCAUGAAGUGCUUCAAAGUCGAGGACUCGACUAUCCUCAAAGCUUGUAUUGGAUUUCUCUCGCAGCCUUGUUCGGAUUUGCACUCAUUUUCAAUAUUGGAUUUGUCUUGGCCCUAACUUUCCUCAAUCCUCCUGGAUCGUGUCGUGCUAUUAUCUCAUAUGAAAAGCUUUCUCAAUCAAAGAACAGUGAAGAAUGCAAUGGUGGAGCUAAUUCUGUGGAACAACCUCGUUCUUUUAAGACCGUCAUAGAAACCACCAAAGGAAGAAUAGCAUUGCCUUUCACACCUUUAACAGUAGUGUUUCAAGAUUUGCAGUAUCAUGUGGACAUGCCACUGGAAAUGAAAGAAAAGGGUUUCACCCAGAAAAAACUCCAACUCCUUAAUGAUAUAACAGGAGCUUUAAGGCCUGGUGUCCUGACAGGAUUGAUGGGUGUUAGUGGAGCUGGAAAAACAACUCUGCUUGAUGUUCUUGCAGGACGAAAAACGAGCGGAUACAUCGAAGGAGAAAUCAAAAUUGGUGGUUUUCCUAAAGUUCAAGAAACUUUUGCUCGGAUAUCUGGUUACUGUGAACAAACUGAUAUACAUUCUCCUCAAAUAACAGUUGAAGAAUCUUUGAUCUUCUCUGCUUCGCUCCGUUUGGCAUCUGAUAUCGACUGGAACACGAAAGCACAAUUUGUGAAUGAAGUCCUUGAAACCAUUGAACUUGAUGGCAUCAAAGAUACGUUGGUCGGCAUACCUGGUGUUAGUGGUCUAUCAACCGAGCAACGUAAACGGUUAACCAUAGCUGUAGAGCUUGUUUCCAAUCCUUCUAUCAUCUUCAUGGAUGAGCCUACCACUGGUUUGGAUGCAAGAGCAGCUGCCAUUGUCAUGCGAGCAGUUAAGAAUGUGGUUGAUACUGGAAGAACAAUGGUUUGUACCAUUCACCAGCCGAGUAUCGACAUCUUUGAAUCCUUUGAUGAGCUGAUUCUUUUGAAAACUGGUGGUCAGAUGAUCUAUUGCGGACCGCUCGGACAAUGCUCAAGAAAGGUUAUAGAAUAUUUUGAGCAUGUUCCUGGGGUUUCAAAGAUCAGAGAAAACUACAAUCCUGCUACAUGGAUGUUAGAAGUUACCUCUCCAUCAGCAGAAGCUGAACUUGGCUUAGAUUUCGCUCAAGUGUACAAGAACUCUUCUCUGUAUAAGAACAAUAAAGAGCUUGUAAAGCAGUUGAGCAGUCCGCCUCCUGGUUCGAAAGAUUUGCAUUUCUCGAACGUCUUUUCGCAAAGUUUCGUCGAACAGUUCAAGGCUUGCUUUUGGAAACAAAACUUGUCAUAUUGGAGAAGUCCUUCUUAUAACUUGCUCCGUUUUGUACGUACAGCUGUGGCAUCUUUUAUUUUUGGGAUACUGUUCUGGAAACAAGGAAAAGAGAUAGAAAAUCAGCAAAACUUGUUUAAUGUUUUCGGUUCGAUGUAUACUGCUAUAAUCUUCCUUGGCAUUGACAACUGUGGAUCAGUCCUUCCUUAUGUAUCAAUGGAGAGAACUGUGAUGUACAGAGAAAGGUUUGCUGGGAUGUAUUCUUCAUGGGCUUAUUCACUUGCACAGGUGAUUGUUGAGGUUCCUUACAUAUUUAUACAAGCAGCUGCCAAUGUAUUUAUCACUUACCCAAUGAUUGGAUUCUAUGGAUCAGCAUCCAAAGUAUUUUGGUAUUUCUACUCAAUGUUAUGUGCUCUUCUCUACUACAACUAUCUUGGGAUGCUUCUUGUCUCCAUUACACCAAACUUUUACACUGCUAACAUUUUGUCAUCUGCCUUCUACACCAUCUUCAAUCUCUUUUCUGGCUUUCUCGUUCCGAAUCCGCAAAUCCCAAAGUGGUGGAAAUGGAUGUAUUACAUUACCCCAACAUCAUGGACUUUGAAUAGUUUAUUAACCUCACAAUAUGGGGAUUUAGACAACACAUUGAUUGUGUUUAAAGAAAAGACAACAGUAUCAGCUUUCUUGACAGACUACUUUGGAUUUCAUCACACUCAACUUCCCCUUGUAGGAGUCAUUCUCAUCCUCUUCCCUCUUGUAUUUGCUCUUCUUUUUGGAUUUUUUAUAGGAAAAUUGAGCUUCCAAAAAAGGUAAACAAAGCCAAUUUCCUUACCUUUGUUUGUAGAAAAUGUGAGACUAAAUUAAAUUUAGUCAUAAUGUUUAUUCAAUA